AGGUGGUACACAGACUUGAAGCAAAUUAACAGCACGUUAUAUGCUCCAGCCGGAGCAGAUUAUGAUAGCUGUCAUAGCAGACGACGGUAACCAUCGUCAUCACGCGUUUUCCGUUUUUUACUUUUUUCCUCCACUGCGGUAAGGGCGGCGGCUCCGGGAUUGUCCAAGACGAAAAGCAAUUGGAGAAGCACCCAGAAGGACAGAACCUCAAGGAAGAAGACACAGGCCCCAUACUCGAAAGAAACAAUGGCCAUAAGUAAUCCCAUCAAGAACCUUUCUGGCGCCUCUUUUGACUGAAUGGGAACCAGUGCACGCACAGGGGAACUCAACACGGAUCAUUCUCCUAGGAACUAUUUCCAACACCGCCCCUAGAAGAAAAUCCCGGAAAAAUCACUGCCAGACAUGCUGGCGGCGCGGCACUGCUCACGCCUCGCCUUCGACGCCUUGACGCCUGCGUUUCCUCGCUUUGGUAUGCGUUUCUGCGAUCCUUUGCCAGCUGGCUGCAGUGGGUAUGGACGUCACCAACGAAGACUUCAUUGGUGUUCAACGUGCCGCGUGCAAGAAAUGUGCAUGCACUUCGUAUCGAAGACUUACAGAUAUUAGCCGGUACACGGCACAAGUGUUACCCGGAACAUGCGUCCAGUGCUGGCACUCACCUGUCGACCACGUGCAAGAAGAAAUCUACAGCCAUACUACUGGAACACCUGCUUGCUCACCACAAAAAAGUCAAAAUGGAACGCAGCUUCGCCAAUCAAGCCUUGCCAUACGGCUUGUUACAGGCAGUACAUUACAGCUGCCGCAAAGAGAAAACAGCAGCACAAAGCAGAUGUGCCCUUCACAGCAGAGCAGCAGUUUACACCUGGCUCGAGACAACGGACCUGCGGAAGAUUCCUCACAUCACAUGCUCCGAGCGCACUUGUGUCAACAGCCAGGUGCUGGUUUGGAGGGCCCAGGUCCAUCCUCAAGACAAGACAUUAGUAGCAGCGGAGAUUUCAUUCUGUCGGGCGGAGAAAUGCAUACUGCACUUCAUCAUGGAGAGGCAGCGGCUCUUCCUUCGUGCACCUCAGGUGAUGCAUGCAUAACUCCAUCCAAUGCAGACGGCCAUGCUCAGGAUUCGAGUGGUGAUCACUUAGCACCUGCAGCAUCAGGCACCUCCCUAAGGACAAAGGGCAGCAAUGCAUGGCCGCACGGCCUCCCACAAUUUUCACCGGGCCUCCAACUGCUUCUUCGCGGGCAAGAGCAGCAAGAGGAGAGGAGCAAACUGAUUCGGCAGCUCAAAGAUGAGCUAAUCAUUUUCCUCGACAAGAACGAACUGAUCACCAGUGGUACCAAAGGUCACAAGAGAUGGCAGUACGCAGCACUGGGAAGGGAAAUCGCCCACGCAUAUCCGUCCAUGGUGUUCGAAACUGGAAAGUGUGGCACUAGAGCGUUCAAGCAGGCAGCGCAGGAGUGGAGUGUAUUCAUGCGUAGAACCUCGAAAGCAAGGACAGCAAGAAAAGCGAGAAAGAAGAGUCGCACUUCAUCUGUUGUGCCUCAAGCUAGCCGGAAGCAGACAACAUUUACUCUGGAGGAGGCCCUUGCGGAGUUAAAGGGGACAAGGGCAGCCAGCAGUUCAUUCUGCGUUACGGAAGACGCAAGAGAUACUUGUGUCUCUGAGUCAUCACGUUCCAGCCCCUCGGAUUCGCAACUCCAAGAAAUGCAACUCUCCACAGAGUUUGGUGAUGACCUCGUAAGAGUCAAAUCAGAGCCACCUGAUGUUGCCUGCCUACCAGAAGAGAGCCAGGUCCAGCAACAGCACUGUGGCCAGUCUCCGUCAGGAGGGGUGACACCUGGCGCAUGUGGCAUUAAAGAAGAACCUCAAGAGGAUCUUUCAAACGAAGAACCAAUCACAGAAGUGAAAACAGAGCCUUACAAUGUUGCCAUCUUGGCGGGGCAUGACCAGACGGGACACAGCUGGCACUCAGAAUCAGAAGAUUCAACAGCAAGCACUGACAUGGAGCACACAGACACUUGUAAUCCAGCGUCGUCAGAUAGCCUGAAGCGUCCUUUCGCAAUGGAGGAUAAGGUGGGGGAAAAGAUGCACGAGAGCGACCUCAGUCCAACUGCUUUUUCCUUGUCUGAGAGUGCCAAGAACCACAUGCACAAGAAUACUCACGAGAUGCAUUACAAGUGUGAUCUCUGUCCUGCAGCAUUCAGCCACAGCACACACAUGCAUUGUCACAAGAGGAUACAUACGGAUGUGAGGCCACACAAGUGCGAUCUCUGUCCUGCUGAAUUCACCAGGCUCCACCACCUGGACGAUCACAUACGGACUCAUACUGGUGACAAGCCGUUCAAGUGCGAUCUGUGUCCUGCAGCGUUCAGGCACAGCACACACCUGCAGCGUCACAAGAGGACUCACACGGGUGAGAAGCCGUACAAAUGCAAACUCUGUCCUGCAGUGUUCAGCCACAACACGAACCUGCAGCGUCACAAUAGGACGCACACGGGUGAGAAGCCGUACAAGUGUGAUCUCUGUCCCUCUGAGUUCGCCCAGCUGCACCACCUGAAAGAUCACAUACGGAUUCACACUGGUGAGAAGCCAUUCAAAUGCGAUCUCUGUCCUGCAGCAUUCAGCCACAGCAUGCACCUGCAGCGUCACAAGAGGACACACACAGGCGAUAAGCCAUACAAGUGCAAACUCUGUCCUGCAGCGUUCAGCCACAGCACGAGCCUAAAGUGUCACAAUAGGACUCACACGGGUGAGAAGCCAUACAAGUGUGAUCUCUGUCCUGCAGUGUUCAGCCACAACACGAACCUGCAGCGUCACAAUAGGACACACACGGGUGAGAAGCCAUACAAGUGUGAUCUCUGUCCCUCUGAGUUCGCUCAGCUGCACCACCUGAAAGAUCACACACGGAUUCACACCGGUGAGAAGCCAUUCAAAUGCGAUCUCUGUCCUGCAGCAUUCAGCCACAGCAUGCACCUGCAGCGUCACAAGAGGACACACACAGGCGAUAAGCCAUACAAGUGCAAACUCUGUCCUGCUGUGUUCAGCCACAGCACGAGCCUAAAGUGUCACAAUAGGACACAUACAGGCGAGAGGCCAUACAAGUGCGAUCUCUGUCCUGCAGCGUUCAGCAACAGCACAAACCUGCAGCGUCACAAUAGGACACACACGGGUGAGAAACCAUUCAAGUGCGAUCUCUGUCCUGCAGUAUUCAGCUACAACAUGUACCUGCAGCGUCACAGGAGGAUACACACAGGUGAGAAGCCAUACAAGUGUGAUCUCUGUCCAGCAGCGUUCAGCAACAACACGAACCUGCGGCGUCACAAUUUGACACACACAGGUGAGAAGCCAUACAAAUGCGAUCGCUGCCCCUCUCAGUUCACUCAGGUGCACCACCUCAGGAAUCACAUACGUGUUCAUACUGGUGAGAAGCCGUACAAGUGCGGUCUGUGCCCCUCUGAGUUCGGCCUGCCCCACCACUUGAAGGAUCACUUACGGACUCAUACUGGUGAGAAGCCUUACAAGUGUGAUCUCUGUCCAGCAGAAUUCAUCCGAAGCACGUACCUGGAGUGUCACAAGAAAACACACACAGGUGAUAGGCCGUACAAGUGCAAUUUCUGUCCUGCAAAGUUCAUCCGGAGUACGCACCUGCAGCGUCACAAGAAGACACAUGCAGGCCCUGUCCCUCUGGGUUCACCAGGUUGUACCACCUGAAUGAUCACAUAAGGACUCAUACUGGUGAGAAACUGUUCAAGGGCAAUCUCUGUCCUGCAGCAUUCAAAGAUAGCAGAAACCUACAUUCUCACAAGAGGACACACACAGGCGAGAAGCCAUACAAGUGCGAUCUGUGUCAUGCAGAGUUCAGCCACAGCAUGAACCUGUGCUAUCACAAUAGGACAUGCACGGGUGAGAAACCAUACAAGUGCGACGUCUGUCCUGCAGCAUUCAGCUACAACAUGUAGCUGCAGCAUAACAAGAGGACACACACACAGGCAAGAAGCAAUGCUGGUAUGGUCUCAGUCCUGCAGCGUUGAGCAACAGCACGAAGCUGCGGUAUCACAAUAGGACAAGCACGGGUGAAAAAUCAUACAAGUGCGAUCUCUCCCCCUUUGAGUUCACUCAGGUGCACCAUCUCAAGAAUCACAUGCGGGUUCAUACUGGUGUGAAGCCGUACAAGUGCGGUUCAGCUUGCUCCACCACUUAAAGGAUCACGUAUGGAGUUAUACUGGUGAGAAGCCGUAAAAGUGUGAUCUCUGUCAUGCAGAGGUCAGCCAGAGCACAUGCGCCUCGCGAUGCACAUCAUAAAAUAGAGCUGUUUUUUUUAAAGAACUUUCUGCCGGUUUACGUUUCUGAACUCACUAUACAAUGGGUCUAAACUGCCCUUCUUUGUACAAUGAAUCCUUUACGAAUUACAUGUUGUCUUCCUAGGGACCUGUUUCUGAAGGGAUGCAAACCAGUAAAUGAUCACUGAUAUGUGCAUUGAUUACAUAUAUCAGAAAAGAUUUCUGUCAAGGAGGAGCUGUCAGUGUCGAAUACAUAUUUGGGUGCAAAUUCUUACAUCUGGCUCAAGGGGAUCAUAUCCGUUAUGUAGGGACCAAAGUUAAGAAGAAACCUAUCUCAGACGGGCAUAGCUGAAGCACGGUUUUUAUCCAUUGCCCUUUGCUCACCAGUGAUUAUGUUCGCCAAAAUCGCAUGGGAUUCCUUCAAUACAGGGAGAAGGAUUGACAUUUCACUGGCGAAUUGUUUAGGUGUGAUGGUCAGAUGUCGGUACUUCUUCACCGGGACGCAGGUCCUGAAUUGGUACAAAUGACACGCGAAGGCACGUGAACGUCACCUUCAUGUAUAGGCUGAGAUUUGAAGUAAAGAUUGAACUUCACCUUCAGAUGGGACCUUACGGCAGAAGCACGGAAGAAGUGAUAAUUUAAUGGCUGCUGCGGCAUAUCGACAAGUUAUGAAUGAUAGUCACGUCCCUGUUAUCUGGAAAAUUCGUUAUCCUGGCUAUAUUAGCUAGAAGGAACCUGCUACAAUUGACAUUUGGCUUAGAUAUCCGAAAUUCGUUAUUCAUAUCUGGAUGGGAAGUACGAGAACAGAUGUCGUUGAAAUUCAUGUAUCUGGACUACAGUCACCAGUGACCAACCCUGUCUGUCCUUGGCAUUUGCCAUCGUUUGACCUGUCCCGGAGUGGGGUCACCACUUGCAGGAUUUCCCUGUGGGGCAAAGAGGGUCUUUCCUACUUUUUUCCAAGGUGUCGAACCGCGAAAAAUACGGGCUCGGUUGGGGUUUGUGUUGCUCGGAUUUAAUUCUGGUUCCGUUCACAUUGGGCCGCGCUAAAAGUCUAACAGAUUCGCGAACUGGUCCAGCGCUUCCAUUUUAUGCCUCCCAUAAAACUGCUUUUAUCAGGAAAUGCGUGGUUAGUGGCAUACUGCUGUUUUCUGACAGAUUGUUGAGUGCAGCAAUAAACACUAUGUCAAGA